GCGUGUUAUCUCUUACAUAUCUCCUCCUAGUAUAGCUGGAGAGACACAGAAACUGAAAAAACUUUCCGCCAUUGACAGUCGUCUCCAGAAGAAAGAGGAAGACAAACGCAACCAAGGAGCGGUAUGGCGACUCUCGGCCGAGGUUGCUGGUCAUCGGCCGCCAUGGCCAUGGCCAACCACCAUAAGCUCCAAACCCAAACAAACAAAUCCAUAUCACUUCCAAUGUCCGCCAAUUACACUCACAACUCCUUCUUCUCCUUCAAUUCCGCCUCCUUAACUCCAAUCGCCGCCAAAUCCUCCUUCAAGACCGCCGUCGCCGCCGUCGAUUCCGACGGCGUCACCUCCUCCAACGCCGCCGAAAACGAACAGCCGAAGAAGUACUAUUUCGUGGUUGCGAAUGCGAAAUUCAUGCUUGACGAGGAGGAGCAUUUCAAGGAGCUUCUGUCCGAGAGGCUUCGUCUUUAUGGGGAGAGAAACAAAGAGCAGGAUUUCUGGCUGGUGAUUGAGCCCAAGUUCUUGGAUAAGUUCCCAAACAUCACAAAACGACUGAAAAGACCCGCCGUUGCUCUGGUUUCCACCAAUGGCCCUUGGAUCACGUUCAUGAAAUUGAGAUUGGACAGAGUAUUAUCGGAGAGCUAUGAAGCUGAGAGUCUUGAAAAGGCGUUAUCUUCUAAUCCUACGGAUCUCCAGUUUGAGAAGCCAGAGAAGUGGGUGGCGCCAUAUCCAAAGUACGAAUUUGGUUGGUGGGAACCCUUCUUGCCUCCAGGGUCGAAAGAAGAGGCUAAAGUAUAGAUCACCCUUCUCAUUUUAUUAUGGCUUUGUUUGCAUAUUUUUAUCAGCCCGUAUAUUUCAUGAUGUAUUACUAGCUAACUAGCGGUUUGAGUUGGUGCAUAAAAAACUUUGGUGGUUAGUGGAGGCAAUUAGUAGUUACUUAUUAUGAGGAUGUUAGUAUUUGGUACAUACUGAGCUUUUGAGGGCUUAAAAUUGAACCAGGGUGAGGUAUCAUGGCUGAAGAGGCACUCUGCUAAGUUUGCUAUUAUAGUAUUGACCUUUGAUU